GACUGCGAUGAAGAUGAAGACAAUGUUCCUAAACAACUAAGUCUUGAGGAAUGUCAGAAGCUUAUUAAUGAACUUUCGGAACAAUGCGAUUCAGAGCCUGAUCAACCAGAAAAUGUUCCUAAUAAAUCCGAAAGCUGUAUUGAGUCUUCUAAAGCAUCUUCGAAACGAGAUUGCGAUGAAGAUGAAGACAAUCUUUCUAAACCACAAAGUCUUGAAGAAUGUCAGAAUCUUAUUAAUGAACCUUCGGAACAAUGUGAUUCAGAGCCUGAUCAACCAGAAAAUGUUCCUGAAAUGAAUUGUACCUCUGAACUUCAUGGUUCUACCGAAAGUGGCGGUAUUAAUGAACUUGUAACCACACCAGAUUCUGAAAAGGAUAAUUCUGCUCCUAAUCUAGAUUGUGCCGAUAACCAUGAUUUAGAUAACGAUAAACCCCAUGAUUCUUCUCCCGGGAAGUCAAAUUUGACGAUUCUACCAGUAAAUUCACAAACUCCUCGACAAAUGAGUCCAAUUGGCCACCCUCAUCUUGAAAAUCAGCAAGACAAGAUAACCAUCUCGAUUAAUUGUUCCUUAUCAGAAAAGAUUAAUUCUGUUCAUUUGCACUACGAAGGACCUAGGUCAGCACAUAGAGAGGAAAGAAAUGAGGAAGACACAUCAGUAGAAACAGACGUUCUUUCUGUAGAAUAUACGGAAAAGUCAAAGGAGCUACGAUGGGGAGUUGAGCACAGAUUACGACAAGAAAGUGAGGAACUCGUUAAUAUGACUGAUGAAGAUGAAUCUAUAUCAAAUAUCGAUAAAUAA